ACAGGGUUUGGAUGCAGACAUGUUUGAGGAGAUCCUGAGUUACAUCUACUCGGGAACCCUCCACGUGUCUCUUGACAGAGUGCAGCCCCUGUACCAGGCAGCCGACCUCCUACAGAUGGACUAUGUGAGAGACACCUGCAGCAGCUACAUGGCCAUGAACGUGGAGGGCUCGACCUGUGUGGACCUGUACAAGUUUGCUGAUGUUUUCACAGUGGAAGUUGUUCUGAAGUCUUGUCUGGAGUAUAUAUGUCAGCAUUUUGUGGAGGUUUCCUGCAGUGAGGAGCUCUGCAGCCUGAGUGUGGAUCAGCUGACUGAGAUCAUCAGCCAGGAUAAGCUGGAGGUUAAAGAGGAGACAAGAGUGUGGGAGGCUGUGGUGAGAUGGGUGCAGCACAGCAGGGAGGACAGACUGCAGCAUCUACCCAGCAUCCUCCCUCACAUCCGCUUCAACCUGCUGACCUCAGACGACACGGCAGCCAUCUUGGAACAUCCCCUGGUCAGGGAGGAUCCUGGGAGUUCUGAGGUCAUCAGGAAUGUGGUACGCUCCAACCAGAAGCCAAGGCUUGCAAUGACCACAGAAAUGGUUCUGUUGCGUCAUGAAGUGAAUGGUAAAAAGAUGCUGUGGAUGAACCCAGGAGAAGGGAAGUACAUCAGGUGUGACUAUGACCAACCAGUAUGUCCAUACAGGGGUGUGGUUACUUGUGAUAAUGAGAUCUAUGGCUUGGCUACAGAUCCAGACAGCAUCUAUCUGUGUAAAUACAACCAUGUUGAGAACAAGUGGGAACAAAAGUCUACUGUGUGCAAAGGAAAACCGAGACUUCCAUACCGGGAUAUAAAUAACCACCUGAUGGAAGUCGAUGGACAUCUUUUUUACCUUGAUGAAGAUCCAGAGGUGGUAUUGAAGAAAUACAACCAGCAUAAGAAUGAGUGGCAAAACUGUUCAACACCUGAUAUUGGUGAUGAGUCUUACUCCCUCUUUGCAGUGUCCUGCAAUCAGCACAUCUACCUCUUCACCAAGUUAAAUUACUUAGAAGGGGCAGAUGUACCAGAAAUGCAUUGGUACGACCCAAGGGAAGACCGGUGGUCCAAGAAAGCCCUGUCAGUCUACAGUCCUAAAGUGGAACUAGACAUCGGUAUGGCAGUUGCCAUGGGAACAGAGAUCUUUUGGAUGGAUCCUGAGAUCUUUUGGAUGGAUCCUGACCACUCCAACAUGUUGGUGUAUGAUACAGAAGCAGACAGCUGGUCUGAACAUCCACCCCCAAGCUUUCUGGAGACCCAAGGGAAUAAUGGCAGCAUUAUAUUCUUUGAAGAUAGAGCUUUCUUUGUACUCGCAAACAAGCUGCAUGCAAUAGCCGAUUAUGAAUAUGAUUCCCCGAAAUGGGCCAAGCUAGAGCUAUUUCAAGAGCUUUUCGUGUAUGACAGGCCUGAAGGUGUUUGGAGACAGUCUGAACUGCCUUUUGGGCGGCAGUGUCGCUACAAGUGUACAGACGUCGUGGCGCGGAUGUACCUACCAUAUCUGAACACCAGCCAUGCAGACACACAGGAUGCAGCAAACCCAGAGGGACCAAGUGGAGAAUAGUUUUGGUAGUGUACAACCAGGCUACAACCCAUCAGAGAAUGUGUUGGAACAUGCCAGAAUGUCAUGAGACUUUGAUGACUUGUCUGAGUUGAUUUUAUAAUUCAUUUCCAUGAAUUAGAGAAUAGGCAGUUGAGUUGAUGGUGGUGUAGACAUGCUGAAAAUGUAAAAGUCUGGUUAGUUACUAUGUUGGAGCAUGGCAGAAAAGACAACAUUUGUGGUUGAUAGCAGGAAUAUGUAAAGGCAGUGAGUUCCUAGAACUACCUAAAGAGUUGUGUUCUUAACUUCUUACAUAAACAAAAAUGUGAAGUUUUAUGUUAAAUGAUGUAAAGCAAGAUAGAGAGUGAGUGUGAUGUUGUAAUGGUUUUCUUUGGAGUAGAUUUAGGGAGGGCGAACUGGGAAAAACAAUGAGGAUAGUUGAGAUCU